AUGGAGAGGUUGCUUGCUGAGAACGCGCGACUCAGCAAGGCACUGGAGGAGAUGCAAAGCAAAAUACAGUCUGUGGAAAGGCGGACUCGCCCAGCAUCCCUUGACGACGAGGCAAUGCAGCGCGUCAUGGUCUCCGUGGGCACUAUGCUUGAUGCGAGACUGGCGGGGGUCAUGAGCCGACUCCCGCCAGAGCCGAUCAUGCGUUCGCCACUUGCGGCGGACAGACGACGCGCGGAGGCGGAGGCUGCAAGCCGUGGGCCCAAGCCUGGGUACAACCAGGUUUUGAAGGCGGCCCCGGCCUCGAAGAUAGCACCGAAACCGGCGCCAAGACUGGCGCCGAAGCCGACCCCAAAGCCGGCUCCAAAACCGGCCAAGGGAAGGCGAAAAAGGCGACUGGCACCAGCGCCAGAAGAGGCGCCAACACCGGCACCGGCGCCACAAGAGGCGCCGGUAGCGGGUACGUCGGAGACUGUGGACGAUGGUUGGACCACAGUCUCCAACAAGUAG